AUGGUUGUAGUGGAUGUCCUGUUUCAUUUGCAGAGCGAGGAUUCGGAUGAAGAUGAGCCUUGUGCGAUAAGUGGCAAGUGGACCUUCCAGAGGGACAGCAAGAGGUGGUCCAGGCUUGAGGUUGACGUCUUCCCCCCGAAGCAGGAUGUGAAUCCUUCAUGCCCAGAAGCGGCUCAUCUCAGCAGUGCAGCUAGUCAUGGAGGCCUGCUAACUGCCACCGAAUGUCAGGAGGUAGUUUCCGUCCACAGCAUCAGCACACCAGAUGCCUCUCAGAGCGAAACGCCCACCACCAGAACCAACUCUGUCAUCAGUGUUGGCUCCUCAGCCAACCUCGUGGCAAACGAGGACUCCUUCAGCAGCUUGCCCUCUCCUAAAGAGCUGUCAAACUUCAAUUUCAACGUGAAAACUAACGAGAAGAAUGCCAAGUCCAAAACGAGAAGCCUCUUGAAGAGGAUGGAGAGCUUUAAAAUAAAAAGCUCCCAUCAUGGUAAGAGCAAAGCUCCUUCAAAGCUUGGUCUUAUCAUCAGCGGGCCUGUCUUGCAAGAAGGCAUUGGAGAGAAACUGAAGCAGCUGAACUGCGUGGAGAUCUCCACCCUCAAUGGCAACCACAUCAACAUCCCUAUGGUACGUAAAAGAAGCGUCUCCAAUUCCACCCAGACCAGCAGCAGUAGCAGCCAGUCGGAAACAAGCAGUGCCGUCAGCACCCCAAGCCCCAUCACAAGGACGCGCAGCCUCAGCGCCUACAAUAAAAGAGUAGGAAUGUACCUCGAAGGCUUUGACCCUUUCAACCAAUCAACGUUCAACGAUGUCAUGGAGCAGAACUUCAAAAACAGGGAGGGCUUUGCUGAAGACACAGUCUUCUUCAUUCCAGAAGACCACAAGCCUGGGACUUUCCCCAAAGCCCUCUCCAAUGGUAACUUUGCUCCCUCGGAGAACAGCACUUCGGUCAACUGGAGAACGGGGAGCUUCCACGGCCACAGCCACCUCGCCCUCAGGAGGGAGAACAGUUCUGACAGCUCCAAAGACCUGAGCCUUGGGAAGAGGCGCAAUUCUUCCAGCUCCAUGUGCAGCCGCCUCAGCAUUUACGACAACGUGCCAGGAUCUAUCCUGUAUUCCAGCACGGGGGACCUGGCUGGCCUUGAGAACGAAGACCUCUUUCCUGAGCUCGAUGACAUCCUGUAUCAUGUCAAAGGCAUGCAGAAAAUUGUGAACCAGUGGUCCGAGAAGUUUUCAGACGAAGGAGACUCUGAUUCAGCCCUAGAUUCAGUGUCUCCAUGCCCUUCGUCUCCCAAGCAGAUCCUCCUCGAUGUGGACAAUGAUAGGACAAUACCCAGUGACCUUGACAGUACAGGGAAUUCCUUGAUUGAUACGGAAGAAUCAACAGGGAUCCAGGAAAGAAGAGACUCUGGGGUGGGAGCAUCAUUAACACGUUCUAACAGGCACAGAAUGAGGUGGCACAGUUUUCAGAGCUCUCAUCGACCCAGCUUAAGCUCAGCACUGCUACAGAUUGACUGCCAGUCUGUGGCACAGAUGAACCUUCUGCAGAAAUAUUCCCUCUUGAAGUUAACUGCCCUCUUGGAGAAAUAUACACCUUCCAAUAAACAUGGCUUUAGCUGGGCUGUGCCAAAGUUUAUGAAAAGGAUAAAAGUCCCAGAUUAUAAAGACCGAAAUGUGUUUGGCGUUCCCCUCACCGUUAAUGUCCAGCGUACAGGACAGCCUCUUCCUCAGAGCAUCCAGCAAGCCAUGCGAUACCUUCGCAACCACUGCCUGGAUCAGGUUGGGCUUUUUCGAAAAUCUGGAGUGAAGUCAAGAAUCCAGGCGUUGCGACAGAUGAAUGAGAGCUCAACAGGCAAAGUAAAUUAUGAAGGGCAGUCUGCCUAUGAUGUGGCUGACAUGCUGAAGCAAUAUUUCCGCGAUCUGCCAGAGCCACUCAUAACCAACAAACUUUCUGAGACUUUCCUACAGAUCUACCAAUAUGUGCCAAAGGACCAGCAUCUCCAGGCGAUCAAGGCAGCCAUUAUGCUUCUACCAGAUGAGAACAGAGAAGUCCUACAGAUCCUCCUAUACUUUCUGAGUGACGUCACAGCCGCUGUGAAGGAAAACCAGAUGACGCCGACAAACCUGGCUGUGUGCUUAGCGCCUUCCCUUUUCCACUUGAACACCCUCAAGAGGGAAAAUUCUUCCCCAAGGGUGAUGCAGAGGAAACAGAGUCUGGGAAAACCCGAUCAGAAAGAUUUAAAUGAGAAUUUGGCUGCGACGCAAGGUCUGGGCCACAUGAUUGCAGAGUGUAAGAAGCUGUUUCAGAUCCCUGAAGAAAUGAGUAGAUGUCGGAAUUCCUAUACGGAGCAAGAUCUUCGGCCUCUGAGCUUGGAGGAACUAGGCAGAACUAAUAACUCUGAGCCUGCCGACUACCGUUUUUACAUCCAGGACUGUAUGGAUGAUUUGCUUAAGGAGAUUAAGGAUAAAUUUAAAGGCUGGGUCAACUGUUCCACCUCGGAGCAAGCAGAGCUUGCCUACAAGAAGGUUUCUGAGGGUCCACCUCUCCGGUUAUGGAAAUCCACGGUUGAAAUCCCUGCAGUUCCUGAAGAGAUCUUGAACCGCUUACUUAAAGAACAGCAUCUUUGGGAUGAAGAUCUUCUGGAUGCUAAAGUGAUUGAGACUUUGGACAGCCAGACUGAUGUAUACCAGUAUGUACAGAACAACCUGGCACCCCACCCAGCCAGAGACUAUGUCGUCCUAAGGACUUGGAGGACGAAUUUAUCUAAAGGCGCUUGUGCACUUUUAAGCUCCUCGGUGGACCAUGACCGUGCUGCAGUCCUUGGCGUUAGAGUGAAUGUGCUCUUGUCCAGGUAUCUCAUUGAACCUUCCGGAUCAGGAAAAUCCAAACUCACGUACAUGUGCAGAACUGAUUUAAGGGGCCACAAACCCGACUGGUACACAAAGGCUUUUGGACACUUGUGUGCAGCCGAAGUCAUUAAGAUCAGAGACUCUUUCAGUAAUCAGAACCUGGAGACGAAAGAAGCAAAGUCCAGGUGACGACUGAAGCAGACCAUCGUGGCCACAAUGUGAAUAGAUACUUCCAGGAACUGUUGAUUGUUACAGAACGGGCCACAGGGUGGCCUAAUAAGUCUUGCCAUGAAGAAAGUGUGUCUGGAAUGGGCCCGGGAUUCUCACUUCCAACGUCUGUGGCAAACAGUACAUUUUCAAAGCUGCUUCCUAUCGGUAUUAGGCCUAUACUGUAGGCCUUGACUGGAAUACAUUGGAUGGUGCAACCUUUUUUAAAAAAAUAAUAAUACUAUACUAUGUUGCUUAGACAGUGUGAAUUGCUUCUGAGAAGCAAAACCCUUAAGACUUUAAAUAUAUAUUUCUGGAUUGUAGUGGAAAUGAUUCUUUCCUAUAUAAUGUUAGGUUUAUUGUAUGUAUCUGUGUGCCAUUUGUUGAGGGACUGUUGCAUCCACUGGAUUUGUUGGCACUCAUCCAUGGGGUCUCGCUAAAGCAAGUGAAGGAAGGUUUGCACAGAGGCAGAGGUGUGAAUGACUGUGUAAUUGUUGAGCGGAGUUGUAGAAAACAAAGAAUAGGCGAAUUGGAAGUGUCUGGGACACUCAAGAGCAUUUGGGAAGAUUUUAAUCUGUGAGGGGGAGGUAGGCCUAGGAGCUUUUUGUCUGUCCAACAGACCAUCGCAAGCUAGUGUUUGCUCAUGUGAACUGUUAGUACUUGUGUAUAUCAGAAAAGGAAAAUAGAGGAACUGCCCCAAACAUGGCAAGGAAAGCUGAAGCUCAACACUUGCAAAUGAAGAUAAGCUGAAGCAAAUAAAAUGAAUGCCUGAUGCAUUUCAACUUGUGUCUUUUGCAUGGAUUCCAUCAUGCAAGGACUUCUGUUUGCACGACAGAACUUUGCCUUCCUCUUUUCUCCCUGCACAUCCCCCCCAAAUCUGCUCCAGAGAGUUGGGGGAAACCCCAGAACAAAUUUGGAGGGUUCGUGGGGUGGGGGAGCUCCAUCGCACUAGCAGAAAUCCUUCAUGAAUGGAACAACUUUGUUGGUUUCCUAUUUUAAAGUUCUCAGAACCUUUUCACCUGCAUUACACCCAGGUAAACCUGAGUCUACAAAGAGUGUGUGUGAAACCUGGAGUUGCGGAUGUUGACAGCUUCCUCAAAAGUGCACCUGCAGAAGACCUGUAUUUGCCAUGAUCGUGUUUUAUAUUGGGGUUCUUCAAGCUUGGGGUCCCAGAGUUGAACUGUAACUCCUAUCAUUCCCUGCCAGCUAAGCCACCAAUCAAGAGAGGAAAGGAGAGGAGAGUUGUAAUUCUGGCAACAUCUGGGGACCCAAGCUUGAAGAACACUGCUUUCCAUUUGCAGGUGCACUCACUUAGAAGCGUUUUGGGCACGUUUCAAAAAAACAAACAAAAUGCGUGUGAAGCUGACAUCACCCAUAUUUCUACUUCUCAGAUGGAGAAUGUAUUGGAGUUAAGGCCCUUGAAAAAGAUACACGUUGAAAGGUAUUGGUUAUCUUUUUACUUUUAAGCGGGAAAUUUCCUCUCGUUUUUGCUCCACAGCCACCUUCCUGCACAAGCACCUGUUGAAAGUAUUGGCCGUGGUCUUUUAGCAAUCCUCUCUUUUGAAUGAAUCUCAAUAGGAAUGAACGGAAAGCUUGUGGCAUGAGCUAAAACUGCUUUCAGUGGCUUGAAAAGUCAGCACUGGAAUAUGUCAUAACUGGAGCAUUCUCAAGUUCUAAAGCGAUUCAUUGUAAUAGAAUACCAUGUUAGAAGUUCUAAAGUCUUCAUAUAUUCCACUCCACUAUAACCAUAUAACCUCAUUUUAUCCACUUAGUUUGAAGGGAGGGGACCUCCAAAACGUUCAGAGGUUUGGAUAAGAAAGGGUACUGUGGCUAUCGGAUUAUGUGGUGUAAUGUAAAGGACUGCAGGUUAGGAUAAACGGGAGGGUCAGAGUGAUGAGGCCUACCAUGCUUCAGGUCAACCACCUUUAUAAGAAACCUAGACCUAUAAACUCUAAACAUCCUCUUUGGGGGAAGCAAGAUAGCCAUAAUAAAAGAGUAACGAGAUCUAGCAAAGAUGUGUAUAGAAUUGUGCUGUUAUUUUGCCUUCCUUAGAAGCUGUAGGUGCAAUUGUCUGUUGCUGAGGUCAUGUUUGCAGGCUUCUCUUGGGCAUCUGGUUGGCCACUGUGAGAACAGGAUGCUGGACUAGACAGGCCAUUGGCUUGAUCCAGGCAGUUUCUUAUGUUCAGAUACAGUUCAAUGCAUUCUAAGGGGUUGAGUUAAAUGACCCUUUGGAUCCAUUCCAACUCUUCAAUUCAAAAAUUUUGUGUUUCUGUGAAUGUGGAAUGUGAAAUACAGGUAUCCCCCAAAGCAGGGCUUGGACCCUUGCUGGGACUAUUGCCUUCUUCCUGCCAAAACCCAACCUAGAGUCCCAUGUAGGUCGCGGGUUCGAUCCCCAUAUGGAACAGCUGCCUAUUCCUGCAUUGUAGGGGGUUGGACGAGAUGAUUCUCAGGGUCCCGUCCAACUCUACAGUUCUAUGUGAUUCUAUGUUGUUCUUUGAUGUAGAAAUGCAGUAUUAGCACAGAGAUGUGCUUAACCAAUGUAUAAGGCGAGACUGGGGGUGGGGUGUAGAUUGGAAAGCGAUUUUGUUCAAAGCAAAGACUUUUUGUGCAGUUGUCUAUAAUAUUUCUACACUUGGACUCUGCCCCUGGAAUCCAGCCUUUUAGCCCUCCCUGCAAAAGCUAGAACAGGCUGCUCACGCACACACAGGUGAGUCUUACGAAAGAUGGAGUGACCUGCUGGACAGUUGGUUCCGUUUUGCUCACCCUCUCAACCUAGAAAAGGCCCUUGUGACCUUGUGGUUGUCUUCUCCCCCCCCCCCCGGCAGUGAUGCAGCUGGAAGCAGCCCAUUGUUACCAUUGACAGUGUUAUAUACUGUAUUUUUUAAAAAAUAAUAAUUAAGGGGGUUGUGUGAUGAAGAAUUAUGGUGCGUUGGUGGAUUGUGUCUUGUUCCUAGCAAUCGCCUAUGUCCACAUUAUUGGCUCAUUUUUAUUUCAUUGUGUUUUAUGUCACUGUGUCUCUCGUUUGCUUCUCUCCAUUCACGUUCUGUUCUUUGCAUGUUGCAGUAGAACACGCAUGCAAAGAUCAGGUGAGGAACAAUGCGAGAGAAAGAGAGAGAGAGAAGAUUUGCAGUGAGGGAUGCCCGGCAGGCUGGGGAACUUCUUUGUUUGUUGAUCUGCUUGCAGCAUUUCAGGGAGAAGGUUCCAGGGACAACAGUCCUUGUGAUAUCUGUCCAGAAAUCAUGAAGAACGUAGCAGGGAUUUAAGUAAUUCUCUUGAUGUGGUUUGCGUCUCUGUAACAAACCCAGAGGUUAAAUCCUUUGCCCUUGCAAGGAACACUGCCAAGGAUCAGAUAUGGAUUGCAACCGUUUCAGAUGUGACCUGAGGGGAAAAGCUGUUCUACAUCAGUAGUCUUCAACUUUUCAGACCCAGAACUAGCCUUUAACCCAAACAUGCAUGUGGAGACCCACUGCUCUAUCUUUUUUUAGCAUAUAUUUGGAUGGUGUGAGUGCUACUACUGCGACCCACUAUAGACCAGGCCGCGACCAAGUAAAGGAUCCAAACCAACCAGUUGAAGACAACUGUUCUAGAUCAUACCUUUAACCCUUAUCCUGCAGGGGGGGGGGGACCCAAAAAGUUUAUUAGGCAGCAAAUCCAGUUCGCUAGUUGAGAGAUUACUGCCAUGUAUGUGUGCUAAGGAUUGCACCAGUAGCAUAUCUCACCAAUAGGGAAGCCUUGUGUAUUCUUUGUAUACUUUUUAAAUGUUCAAGUGUGUGUGU